AUGAGCGUUGAGGACAAGACAGCAAAGACUCAGCCUGAGAUGGCGCACCCGGAGCACCAUCGGCCUGCUUCCGUCCGGGGUGCUGACGGCGACGAGAUCAACACUGCCAACGAUGGCGGCGACAUCAUGGAGUACUCCAAGGAGCAUUCCGACGAGCCGGUGCAGAACAUCUUCAAUCAAGGCGGCGAGAACUACAGAACCCUGAGCAAAUGGGAUACCGUCUUUGUCCUACUUACCAACCAGAUCGGCUUGGGAGUCUUGUCACUACCUGGCUGUCUUAGAGUCCUCGGUGUCGUCCCCGGUGUCAUUGCCAUUAUUGGUCUCGGUUCACUCUCUGCCUACACUGCCUACGAACUCCUCCAAUUCUACAGAAAAUACCCUCAUGUCGUUAACGUCGUCGAUAUGUGCGGUAUCAUUGGCGGUCGACCACUUGAGGUCAUUGCGGGUAUCGGUUUGAUGAUCAAGGUUAUGAUGACCUGCGCAUCGGCCAGUGUAACAUUAUCGGUCGCCUUCAACACCCUCAGCCAUCACGCAUUCUGCACUGUUAGCUUCGUCGUCAUUGCUGUCGUCGCCUCCUGGGUCCUGUGUCUACCCCGAACUGUCAAAUUCGUCUCCCAAUCCGGCAUCCCCUCCACCCUCAGCAUUCUGGGCGCCGCAUUAAUCGUCAUGAUUAGCUUGGGUGUCGCUGCACCUUCUCAGGCUCCACCCGGCUGGGAGAAAGAAAUCCAAGUCGUCGGCAACCCGACUUUCCGCCAGGGAGUCAACGCCUGUCUCAAGAUCUGCUACGCCUACGCCGGCAACAUUGGCUUCGUUUCCUACAUGGCCGAGAUGAAGAACCCCAGCAGAGAUUUCCCCCACGCUCUGGCUUGCCUUGAAGUGUUCUCUAUCACACUUUACACGAUCGUCGCUGUUGUGAUCUACUGCCUUGCCGGCGAGUACACCACCUCUCCCGCCCUUGGAUCCGCACCUCGAGUUCCCGCUAUGGCAGCUUACGGAGUCGUUUUGCCUUGCGUCUUCGCCACCUGUAUCAGCUUCGCGCAUGUUGGCUGCAAGUAUAUGUACGUUGUCGCGAUGCGAACGAUAAAAGCCACCCACCAAGUCACCGACCGAAGUGUCAAAUCCUGGAGCGUCUGGGUCCUCUGCGUCACCCUCUACUGGAUUGUCGUGUUUCUUAUCUCCAACGCUAUCCCUAUCUUUGACUCAAUUCUGUCUAUUUCUUCUGCGACAACAAUCGCCUGGUUCACUUUUGGUCUCAGUGCAAUCUUCUGGUUCCACAUCAACAAGGGGCAGUAUACUAAGAACUGGAAAAAGAUGGCCUUGUGUGUUGUCAACGGUCUCCUGAUUGUUCAAUCACUCUUCAUGAAUGGUGGAGGACUGUGGUCUUCUAUUACUGAGUUACUGGAUAUCUUUGAGAAUGAUCAAAGCUCUAUCCGUGGCGUCUUCUCAUGUGGCGACAACUCUAUUUAG